AUGUCUUUCUCUGCAUUACAAGUCAUACAUGAUCGAAUCAAUUUCCCAUAUGAAAAGACAACUCCUGGAUCAUUAUUGACCAAUGAUUACCUCUCCAGAACGGAUCUCAGAUGUUCUCACAUUCCCCAACAGUCAACGAUUCCCUCAUGUGGAACUCUUAAGCUGACAAGUACAUUACAAAGACCACAGACUCAUCCUCCAGCCACAUGUUCUCUACCCAAACGGUAUGAACAACAAACCAACGUCAAUCUUGGCUCACUUCAAAAGAUCAACGAAAUGACCACUUACCUCAAUACAAAUCAAGCACGACGAGAAAAGAUCAAUCAUGAAUCUGUAGCACUGGUCCCACAAAGUGCCACUGAAUUACCCUCGCUCACAGAUAUUCUCUCCUUGUAUAAGAGUCCAAAAGAACAAAUCAUCAAGGUACAACCUCAAAGGUUUUUUUCCAACCAAGUGUGUCCUAAACAUUGUGUUGUUACAACAAAAAACAACAACAACGACCUUACGAGCAACUCACACUAUGGGAUUCGAAAGCCUCACAAGAUGACUCGACAUGCAACCUCUCAAGGAAAUAUGAAACGAACCGUCACCCCAAUGGAACACCAAUCCUUGAAUACAGACAAGAAGGCAAAAAACUUCAAAUUCUUUGAUUACCACAACAAAUCCCUGAAGAAGAGAACGAAACGAUGUGAUCAAGUGCAACCUUAUGAAAACAUCUUGCAAUUACAAACAUCCAAUGUCCAAACUCUUCAUCCGAAUAACAUCUUGUUGAGUGAUAACAAAUCCACAGAUUCCAAUGUAAUAUCUUCAUCAUCCAACACAGAGAGCUUGUCUGAGAGUUGCUGUUGUGCUGUCGCAACAAUGACCUGUGUUGCAUCUUCUUCAAAGGGAAACCGCAUCCCUCGAUCAUCAAUCUCAAUAAGAGAAUUAUUAAACUGA